UCAGAACCUCCCUCCCAUAGUCACUUCCCACCCCACCCUCACUCUCUGAGACAGCAAACCACAGCUUCUCAGUUCAAUCUUUUAUUUCGAAAAAUUCUUAACUUUACUAAUUUGGGGACAAAACGAAAAAAAAUAAAACUUUUUUUUUGUGGUAGAAAAUCACUCAUUUUGGGCAAAACAUGGCAGAUGAUCAGACUCAAGUGGAGCUAUUUGUAAAGGCUGGCAGCGAUGGGCAGAGCAUUGGGAAUUGUCCGUUCUCUCAGCGACUCUUUAUGGUUCUAUGGUUAAAAGGCGUCACAUUUAAUGUCACAACAGUCGAUAUGAAGAGGAAGCCAGAGAUAAUGAAGGAGUUGGCGCCUGGAGCUCAGGCCCCUUUCCUGGUGUAUGGGGGGGAAGUAAGGACGGAUACGAAUAAAAUAGAAGAAUUUCUGGAGGAGACUCUGUGCCCCCCUAAAUACCCAAAGCUGGCAGCCAAAAAUCCAGAAUCUAACACAGCUGGACUUGACGUUUUUGCCAAAUUCUCUGCAUACAUCAAGAAUUCCAACCCAGGAGCGAACCAGACUCUUGAGAAGGGCCUCCUUAAGGCCUUACGGAUUCUUGAUAAUUACCUGAACUCUCCACUCCCGGAUGAAAUUGACGAGAACAGCGCCGAGGAUGAGACAGUUUCACACCGCAAGUUCCUAGAUGGGGAUGAGCUGACACUGGCUGAUUGCAACUUGUUGCCCAAACUACACAUAGUGCAGGUUGUUUGUGAGAAAUACAGGGGAUUCAAAAUCCCAGCUGAGUUCUCCGGCAUCCACCGUUAUCUCCGAAAUGCUUACGAACGUGAGGAAUUUGCAAGCACCUGUCCAGCCACCAAUGAAAUUGAACUAGCUUACGCCCAGGUGGCCAAAUCUCUCCAAUAAGCUGCUCCGCUGUCCUAGGGGACACCGUUCCAUGUGGCCUUGUAUUUAAAUUGCACUUGGAAAUUACCUCUGUAAGCCUUAAAAUGUAUCCCUUUAAGAAAGGCAAGACUCUGAUAGGCCAGUCCAACUGCCACUCAAUCUGCCCUCUAUUUAAUGAAAUACUGAUCCGAUCUGGACACAUUCCAGUUACUUUUUUACAUGAGCAAACUCCGAUAGGGACCACUGCCCGUCACAGGACAAAUGCUUGGGAUAUUCCAUUUACUUUAUGGAGUAGGGGGGGGACGACGACGUUAAAUUACAAAUAAUUUAAUCUAUUUGCAUAACUUUUAUAUAUAAAUACAUAUUUUUAUUAGUCCCACCUUCUUGAGAAACUCGCUGAAUCCAUUUCCUGUAAAUCUCUUCAUGACUGAAAUCCGAAGACAAUCUCUACUAAUCCUUACCACAUCAUCCAGCCCACUCUCACUCACCCCUCCACCGUCCCUCAAUUUAGGCUGAAGAAUUAACCCUUUCUUAACACAAGGGCUUACAAUCACAGACACGAAGUAUCUCUAUACACCCAACAUAGAUAUUGUAUAUUUAAAAUGCUGAGAAAAUUGUGCUGAAUUUUCACAUUUAUAUUAAAAGGAAUCCUUUCUUCUUA